UGAAUCAAUACUUAUUUUUCUUUUCUUUUUUUCGUUGUUUUUUUUCUAAGUAGAGUCGUAAGAAAACACUUCUGUCUUAACUGCUAUGAUUGUACACAAUCAAAUCGUCGCUAUAGACGCUUCAGAUGGAGAACAACCGCCAGACCUCCUAUUGUCACUUCCUCCAGGUAUGUAUUCCCUGCGAACGUAAUCCUUCACGCUCAUUUCUGUCUAGAGCUUCGAAUCAUGAUAUACGACUAUCUUGUAUCCGUUGACAUGCCUCUGAAGUUGUCGUGGACGCCGUCCAGUCGUAAGUGGAGCAAUGAAAUACGCGCCAAGGGGUUGUUCGGUUUGAUUCGGACCUGUCGCUGGCUCCAUCAAGAAUGUGAACCUCUUCUUCGAGCACAUAUCCACAGAAGCACGCAUGAAAUAAAAUUCAGACAUUUGGAUCGAUACAUGGGAAGCCACGUCGUGUUGGGAGGCACGGAACGGAAGCUACGUCUCUCAAUUGAUGGUGCCCUCGAAGGAGAUGGUGCAGACUUGCUGCCAUUGAUGCACCCAGAAAAAUGGCAACCCAACCACGAAAUAGCGUUUGUCACUGCAUCUGAGAGUCAGGACUGUAAAGAGAUUGUCGGCCACCUGAACUCCCUGGUACACCUGGGCCGAAGCUCACCUUUUCUCCUUCAAGUUUGCGGCAGUGUGCGGAUUUCUUGGCGGAGAUGGCCAGUUCUCACAAAGCUGAGAUUGACAAAUACAUCAUCCACCCCAAAUGCCUUGCUCUGGAUGCGAGUGAUAUUUCGGAGACCCACGACUAGAAAAUUACUUGGAAGGAAUAUGCUCAUCACAGCAAUAAGACCUUGAGUCGCCGCCAUUGUAAGGAUCGAAACCUUGAGAGCAGAUUCACAACCUGAGCUGGAGUGGAACAGGUUAUCAGGAGCAUUAUUUCAAAGUGGG